CCGCAUCUCUUUGUUGGUCCAGCGGCAGCUGCGCUCAUGUUGUUGUAGCUACUCUCUCUCUCUCUGGAAAUAUUUUUCUCUUUCGAAAUAUUUCGUCUCUUGUUUUCGUCGCGGCCUGUACACAUCCUAGUAUCUAGCGUUUGGUAUCAUACCUUGUCACAAUAUCAAGUUAAACCGAGUAAUGGACUCAGACGAAGGGUACAAUUAUGAAUUCGACGAGGAGGAAGAGGAAUGCAGCGAAGACAGCGCCGAGGAGGAUCCCGAAGACGACACCCUGGAAGUGGAGUUGGAUGAUCCUGUUGUGGCCGGUGGAGAACGAGAUGAAUGUGGGGAGACCGGAGGCAGUGGCCUAGGGCCCGGUCAAGACGAAGAGGAUUACCGGUUCGAGGUUUUGACUGCUGAACAGAUCCUUCAGCAUAUGGUCGAGUGUAUCAGGGAGGUCAAUGAUGUCAUCCAGAACCCUGCAACGAUAACAAGAAUACUUCUUAGUCACUUCAAUUGGGACAAAGAGAAACUGAUGGAAAGAUAUUUUGAUGGGAACCUUGACAAAUUGUUCUCGGAAUGCCAUGUCAUCAACCCCAGUAAGAAGUCGAGGACACGGCUGAUGAACACGAGGUCCUCUGCUCAGGAUCUUCCCUGUCAGAUCUGCUACCUGAACUACCCAAACUCGUACUUCACUGGCCUGGAGUGUGGACACAAGUUCUGCAUGCAGUGUUGGGGUGACUACUUGACUACCAAAAUCAUUGAGGAGGGGAUGGGACAGACAAUUUCCUGCCCUGCUCACAGCUGUGAUAUAUUGGUGGACGACAACACAGUCAUGAGACUGAUCACAGAGUCCAAGGUGAAGUUGAAGUACCAACACUUGAUUACCAAUAGUUUUGUAGAGUGCAAUCGACUGUUAAAAUGGUGCCCAGCGCCAGACUGUCAUCACGUAGUCAAAGUCCAGUACCCAGAUGCUAAGCCUGUGAGAUGCACAUGUGGCCGGCAGUUCUGCUUCAAUUGUGGCGAGAACUGGCAUGAUCCCGUCAAGUGUAAGUGGUUGAGGAAAUGGAUCAAGAAGUGUGACGAUGACAGCGAGACGUCUAACUGGAUCGCAGCCAAUACACGGGAGUGCCCCAAAUGCCACGUGACCAUUGAGAAGGACGGCGGCUGCAACCACAUGGUGUGUCGGAACCAGAGCUGCAAGGCAGAGUUCUGCUGGGUCUGCCUGGGGCCCUGGGAACCACACGGCUCUGCCUGGUACAACUGCAACCGCUACAAUGAGGAUGAUGCCAAGGCAGCGAGGGACGCCCAAGAGGUAACACGGUCCAGGGCAGCCCUGCAGAGGUACCUGUUCUACUGCAACCGCUACAUGAACCACAUGCAGUCGCUGCGCUUCGAGCACAAGCUGUACGCCGGGGUCAAGGCCAAAAUGGAGGAGAUGCAGCAUCACAACAUGUCCUGGAUCGAGGUGCAGUUCCUGAAGAAGGCCGUGGACGUGCUGUGUCAGUGUCGCUCCACUCUCAUGUUCACCUACGUCUUCGCCUUCUACCUCAAGAAGAACAACCAGUCCAUCAUCUUUGAGAACAAUCAGGCUGACUUGGAGAACGCUACGGAGGUUCUGUCUGGAUAUCUGGAGCGGGACAUCUCCCAGGACUCUCUGCAGGACAUCAAACAGAAAGUACAGGACAAGUACAGAUACUGUGAGAGUCGGCGUCGUGUGCUGCUGCAACAUGUGCACGAGGGCUAUGAGAAGGACCUCUGGGAAUACAUAGAAGAUUAAGGAUAGACUCUUUACUAAAAGAGAAACCUCUACAGACUAGAGAGCGCUGAUGCAAUGCCACGGGGCAGGUUGUUGCUGAUCUUCCCAAUAUUGCAUUUUUUUUUUUUCCUCCUCUUGGGUUUUGUUUAAUGGAAAAGUUUAAAAUAAAUUAUAUCAAAAUAAUAAAUAAUAAAAAAAAAAGUAGAAUAUUUCAAACAUUAAUCGUACAACAGUAUUGUUUGUAGCAGAUUGGAUUGUGAGGACAAAAAAAAGAACUCCCCCGCUUCUCUCAAUUGGUCACUAUUGUAACAUCAUCAUCAC